GUAUGAAUCAUACACGCCCCCCCUGUUUCCGCUGUCACCUGUUGUAGUUUUUGUUAUAAAGGUGUCAUCAAAUUUUAUUAUGGCUAGAGAAUAUGAUCAUUUAUUCAAACUUCUCAUUAUUGGCGACAGCGGUGUUGGAAAAAGUAGUCUGUUGCUACGUUUUGCAGACAACACAUUUUCAGGUAACUACAUAACAACAAUUGGUGUGGAUUUUAAAAUUCGUACUUUAGAAAUAGAUGGCGAAAAAGUGAAGUUGCAAAUUUGGGACACUGCUGGACAAGAAAGAUUUAGAACUAUCACAUCAACAUAUUACAGAGGAACUCAUGGCGUUAUAGUAGUGUAUGAUGUAACUAAUGGAGAAUCUUUUGCUAAUGUAAAAAGGUGGCUUCAUGAGAUAGAACAGAACUGUGAUAUGGUUCGGAGAAUAUUAGUUGGUAAUAAAAAUGAUGAUCCUGAUCGUAAAGUUGUAUUGACGGAGGAUGCUCAAAGAUUUGCUGAUCAAAUGAAUAUUAAGCUAUUUGAAACUAGUGCUAAAGAAAAUAUAAAUGUAGAAGAAAUGUUUAAUGAAAUAACAAAAAUGGUACUACAAAGUAAGAAAGAACACAAAGAAAAACAACAGGGAGGAGAGAGCACAAUAAAAUUAGGAAAGGUUCCUGGCAAAAAGAAACGAAGAUGUUGUUAAUAUGUUUAAAAUAAUUCUGGUUCUUGAUUUAUUUACUUAAUGUUUAAAAUAUCUAAAUUUUGAAAAUCACAUGCAUUGUUGCAACACUUUGAAAGUUUUUUUAUUAAAUAGUUAGUACUAUUUUUUGUAGUUUAUUAUAUAAACUCAUGUCAAUCAAAAAAUUUUAUAACCUCUUACCUUUUCAGCAAAACAUUUUAAGAUACAUUAUUUUAGUUUUCAUACAUGUUUUCGUAACGUAUAUAUAAAUACUUAACAUGUAUUUAUAUAUAUGUUAAUAAUAUCUUAUAUUUAUCCAUAAAACAAAGUUGAAGUUUUUGUGUAGUAUAUGUGUAAAUACCCUGAAGUGAAGUUUGAAAUAUUUAAAAGAGCUUGCAUUGUAUUUUUAGUAUAAAAUGUCAAUGCAAAGGUUUUUAAUAUGUUUUGAAAUGUUAAUUUUAUAAGCCCCUCAAGUUGCUUCUUUUACAAUAUAACAUUUUUUUUUAAAAAAGGAGGUGGAAGAACAUCACAUAUACUAAGUGAAUUGCUCGAUAAAGAAUACUAUUGCCUUUUGCCUUUAAAUCCCAAUUUCAGUAUAAAACUUUGUGGAAAAGAGUCAUAUGUAUAAGGUACUUUAUUAAUUACCAGUUUAAAUGUUGUUUUAAUAAUUGACCUGAUUCUGAUGUAUAUAUUGUCAAGAGAAAAAUAUUUUCCACCAAUCUAGAAACUUGUAUUUCUAAGAUUUGAGUAGUUUGGUUUGUGAUAAAUAUCAAAUGGUAUAUUUUUAUACUCUCAUACUUGACUUUGUUGUAUCAUAUUACAUGUGUAUAUUUUAUUAAAAUGAAGCUUUUGCAUAAAAAUAUAAAUUUAUUUUUCUUAAAGUGAAAUCUGAGACCUGCUAUAAUAUAGAUCUGUUCAAAAUUAGUUACAAAAAAAGUAACUUUUUUAGCCAAUUUUUAGUGUUAUUUAGAAUUUUUUUUUUUUUUUUAAUGCUUGUUUUAGUGCAGAUAGUAAAGUUAAAAAUAAGUUUAGUUUUUUUUUUUUUUUUUUUUUUUUUUUGGAACUUUAAUGCUUUAAAUAUUAAGUUGAUUUGUUAUGAUUUUGUUUGAAUUUAAUUUUCUUCUGCAUGAUGUACAUAUAAGAAAGUUAUAAAAUAUAUGUAUAAAAAAAUUCUUGGAACAUGAUAGAAUGAGAUGACAGAUGAUUGUGAUACAAAUCAAUGGUAAAAGUAAUUGUAAUGUAAAUAUUACAUGAUGUGUUGUGAUUAGUUUCAUUGUUUUGAAUUGCAAAAGAUCCUUUUUUUUUUCAUUUUAAUCAAAUUACUAGGUUGACAUUUUAUUUAUGUUAUUUUAUUUGAAAUCAAAUUACAGUAAAACCUGUAAAGUUGACCACCUGUCUAAGUUGACCGCUUUUUUCUUGCACAGAAUUAGCCCUUAUCAUAUAAAUCAACCUCUGUUGACCACAUGUUUAAGUUGACCACUAAAGUAGUGGACCACAGGUGGUCAACUUACACAGGUUUCACUGUAUUUACCCCACCAAAGCAAUAAAUGCUGACUGAAAAAAAAAAAUCAUUUUCUUAUUUUUUUUCCAUUAACAGUUUUGGUUGAAUGUAUUAACUUUUUAAAAAGACUUCAAUCGAUUUUGUUUUAUAUAAAUGAAAUUUUAAAUUUAAAGAAAAAUUGUGCUGCUUCAAAAUUGAAAAAAGAAUGGAAGAAAUACACAAGUUGAAAUACAAAGUUGCAUUGACCUUUACUUUAGCAAUAAUUAACUAUAACAGGGUAAGCGCUAGGACCUGGGAUUGCACAAUUCCCCUAACUUUUUUUAAAAUCCCGCUCAAAAAAAAACCUUUGUGCACUGUUCACCAUAAGCGGACAUACGUUUAAAAAAUUCAGAAAUUUCUCAUCUCAAAUUUUUUAUGCUUCAAAUUUAUUUUAUGCAGCAAAAAUAAACAGGAAUAGCUGACGAUAAUUCUGAACUGCCAUGUUAUUACUCACAGUGAAAUAAAGAAUCGAGAAAUUUAGUCAGAAAUAAACAAAAGAGAAGCAUAAAGCAUUAUUCUUUUGCUUUAAUGAGAGCUGCUAACUUUUGAAAAUCCAAAAUCGUAGUUGCAUUAUUUUGCAGGGGGACGUGGCCACUGCUUCAGAAUCAAACAAUGAUGAAUUAUCAACGGUAUAAAAAACAAAAUAAUGAUACUUAAUGAAUUGCAAAAAUGGUCCAAAAAAUAUUAAUACGAAAUAAAAGAUUUUAUACUAAAUAUUUCAAGAUGAUGAAUUUUUGAUUAUUAGCUGUACCUUUCACCUGGUCAGCAUGUCUUUUUUAAGUAACAUGCUUGCAGCAAUUAUCAUGACCACCAUGUUCAACUGAAAAAUCGCUAUUGCAAAUAGUACAUCUUGCAUAACCCGUCUUUGAAGAUGAAAUAAUAAAUGACCAAAUGCUUUUAUACUCUUCAUAUUUUUGGCAGUUUUUCCGCUUUUUUGCUAAAGAACCCAUAAAGUGCAUGUAAACCGGCAGCAACGAGUAGAAGUUUGAUUUUCUGAUUUUACCGGUUUAGUUUUCAUGCAGUUUAUUUUUAUUUAUUUAUUUUUUUUUUAAUUUUCUUGGGAUUAUAAAUUUAAAAAAAAAAAAACAGAAAAUGCUUUUGUACCAUCAUAGUUUAAAGCUGUAAUUCGUAGAAACUACGAUUUUUUCUUAGCAAUUGGCAGCUCUGGCUUUAAUGAACAUUUAAACACCUUUGGAACUUUCUCUCUUUGCUAGUUGCUUUUUUUUUUUUUGAAAGAUUGGGAUAUUAUCCUAAUGUUGAUGGAAAUUGAGAGUAUAUCAUUAGAACACUAUUUAGUAAAUGAUUGAUUAGAAGAGGAAUACUGCUUAUGUAACAAACGUUGAAAGAAUGUUUAAUGUUAAUCAGGGCGGUAACUUGCUAUUGUAAAACUUAUUUCUGUUGUUUAAUUAGCAUUUUGCUCAUUUAAAAAAAAAAUGUGCUCAUAUUAUGCAUGUAUUUUGUUCAAAUAAAUAUUUAUAUGAAAUGUUUAAGCAAUAAACUAAACUGGAAAAAGUAAGCAAAUAAAUGAAAAAUGGGUAUUAAAAGAAAAUAAUCCUUUUAAUUCUAAAAAAUCCCGCUCAAAAUUUUAGUCAAGAUGGGAAAUAAUUUUCCCUAGUGCAAACUCUGAACUAUAAUAACUGAAUAAGAACCGAACUUUAGAAUAUUUAAAUAUUUUUAAUCUCUUGGACUAAAUAGUUGUGCAUAAUCUUGGUCACUUGUUAUUUAAUGUUAUUGACUAGAUACAUUUUCAGUGGACAGAUCUAUAUUCUUGCAUAAGUGCCAUUAAAGCCUAACAAAACUGUCAUGGCAUUUAUUUUUAUUUAUAUAUUUUUAAAUACUGCUAGGUAAAAAUACUCUAGUUUUUUAAUGUAUUUCUUACAUUUUUAACUACAGGUACUGUUUCACUGCCAUAAUCAACCCCUCCCCAUUUUCUAUAAAAUAUUAGUUUUAAAAGCUACUUAAAAUAUUUGUCCUGAUAUAUUUUAUGCAUUGUUUUUCUGAGUUAACUGUGAUAAAUUUUCUUCCUUUUUUGUCCAGUAUUAUUUUGAUUUUCAUUUCUUAUCUUUGGUAAGAGGAAACAGCUGUAAAAUAAUUUGUAUAUAUUUCAAAAAUAUUGAAUAAAAUUGAAAACAUUUUGAACUUGAAAUGUGCACUAAGCUGUAUUUUUAGUAUCUAUUAUUUCAUUUUUUAAAUUAUGUGGCAGGGUUCAUUCUCUUAUUUUGAAAAUCAGCACCUUUUCAGAAAAAUUAAGCACUCAACCAAUGUACAUAAAUGCAUAACAAGUUGCAAGUUAGAAAUGUUAUUUAAAAAUUGUGUAGUCUUGCAUUAAAUGCACUGAAACUAGUGCUAGUUUAAAUAAACCUUAAUUGAAAGCGCCAAAAAUUUGCGUCUCAAAAACGAGGGACAAAACUGUUAAAAGCAAAUUAUUUAUUAUGGAUAUCUCCUCUUAGUUGAAAGCUGAGAAGUUCCAGUAAUUCAGUCAAAAAUUGAUUUAUAAACAAAAAUGUUUUCAGCAUUGACUAUUAAAAAAAUAAUUCAGGGAAUUAUUUUCAGCUUCAGAUCACAUGAAUUAAAUCAACCUUUUUUUACCUCUUGGGCUGAAUUAAUUACCAUAAGGAUGUACCAGCACACUAUCCGUGUCAUAAUCAUUAUAAACACGUUUGAAUACAGAAUUAUACUGCCCUGGAAAGGUAAAGGGAAAUCUGCAAAUUUCAUACUUUGUAUUUUUGCUAUUGAUUUUACUUUAGCUUUAUUGUACUAGCUUGUUUAUUUGGUUUCCGCUGAAAAUAAAGCAUGUAAAAAGUGUCGAGUUCUAACAUUUUAUUUUACAACUGUUAGUAUAAAAUCUAAAAAUUGUUCCUUCAAAUAUCUCAAAAACCCAU